AUGACCGGAAAAGACAAACCAAACCCACGGCGCUGCUUUACCCAGUUCUUCAAGGGGGAACCGAUGAAGAUCUUCUUUUUCGCCCCCCCCCACUACCCACAACCCGCUCCUCUGCUCCCACCACCCCCAGUGAAGGUGGAGGGAGAAGCCCUGGCAGUGGUCGGUGAGGAGAUACAAGCUCCAGCAGGAGCCGCUGGUAAAGAUGGCCCUGCCCAAAAUACCUGUAACCGCCACGUGGCCUCGCCUGCAGGACUGGUGGAUUCCACCGUCCUCCCAUUGAGGACAAUUGGACCCCCUGAUGAACAUGGCGAUCAGCCUCUCCAAUAUUGGCCCUUUGCCACUAGUGACCUUUAUAACUGGUGUACCCAGCACGCCAAGUUUUCUGAUAAUCCCAGAGAUCUAAUCCAAUUGUUAGAAACUGUGUUGUUCACCCAUCAGCCCACCAAGGAUGAUUGUCAACAGCUCCUCCAGAUCCUGUUUACCACAGAGGAGGGAGAGAGAAUCCAAAAUGAAGCCAGGAAAUUGGUUCCUGGUGACAAUGGUCAAUCCACCACCAAUGUUGACACCAUCAACACUUCCUUUCCCUUGUCCCGGCCCGAAUGGGACUUCAAUACGGCAGAAGGUAAGGAGAGACUCCGGGUUUACCACCAGACUCUACUGGGAGGUCUCAAAGAGGCUGCUCGGAAGCACACCAAUUUGGCCAAAGUAGGAGAUGUUCAGCAGGGCAAAGAUGAAAGUCCGGAGGCCUUUCUAGAGAGGAUCCUAGAGGCCUUCCGCAGAUUUACUCCCAUGGAUCCAGAGGCCGCCGAGACUAAGGCAGCUGUCAUUAUGCAUUUUGUCAACCAAGCCACACCGGAUAUCAGGAGAAAGUUGCAAAAAGUAGACAGAUUAGGAGAAAAAAGUAUUCAGGACUUAGUGGCAGUGGCAGAGAGAGUAUAUAACAAUAGAGAGAAUGCAGAAGAAAAACAGGCAAAGGCUGGUGAUCGGCAAACUAGGAACCUAGCUCGGAUCCUUCUUGCUACCACUGCGGGGGAGCCAAAGGAACGUGAACGUUGUCUGAGAAAGAUUGUGACAGAAGGACAAGGUAAGGGGGAACAUAGAGAUCACCCCCGAUUGGGAAAGAACCAGUGUGCUUAUUGCAAAGAGGAAGGCCAUUGGGCCAGAGAAUGCCCUAAAAAGCCGGGAAGUCACCCCAAGGCCCCCAUCCUGGCUAUAGAUGAACUGAGUGACUAGGGGGGACAGGGUUUGGCACCCCUCCCCGAGCCCAGGGUAACCCUAAAAGUGGAGGGGAGACCUGUCGAGUUCCUAGUGGAUACAGGAGCUCAACAUUCAGUCCUACUUGAACCUCAUGGCCAUGUUUCUGAUAAAACUUCCUGGGUUCAAGGAGCCACAGGCAUGAAAAAAUAUUCAUGGGCUACCCGAAGAAUGGUAGACUUGGGAGUGGGCCAGGUAACCCACUCGUUCAUGAUCAUUCCCAAUUGCCCAUACCCAUUACUCAGGAGAGACAUGCUCACUAAGUUGGGAGCCCAAAUUCACUUCCAACCAGGGGGUACGGAAGUCCUUAAUCAAGAAGGCAAACCAAUCCAAGUGUUAACUGUAAGCAUAGAAGAUGAAUAUUGGUUACAUCAAGGGCCAUCUCCACCAAGCCCUGAGAUGGACAAAUGGCUUGCAAUGUUCCCUCAAGCCUGGGCUGAAACUGGGGGCAUGGGGCUGGCUGUACACAGACCACCUAUAUAUAUAGAAUUAAAGCCAGGAACAGACCCUGUCCACGUCUGCCAAUAUCCUAUGUCCCUAGAAGCCCGACAGGGAAUAACCCCACACAUUAGGCGGUUACUAGAACAAGGGAUACUAAGGCCUUGUCAAUUGGCCUGGAAGACCCCCUUGUUACCGGUGCGGAAGCCUCAAUCAAAUGACUAACGACCAGUACAGGACCUCCGUGAAGUGAAUAAGAGGGCUAUGGACAUUCACCCCACGGUACCUAACCCUUAUACCCUUUUGAGUUCCCUGCCACCGAGUCAUCAAUGGUAUACAGUCCUAGACCUGAAAGAUGCCUUCUUCAGCCUUCUGUUGGUGCCCAAGAGCCAACACAUCUUUGCCUUUGAGUGGAGCAAUCCUGAACAAGGCCUCAAUGGACAGCUAACUUGGACUCGACUGCCUCAGGGGUUCAAAAAUUCCCCCACAGUCUUUGACGAGGCUCUACAUGAAGACUUGUGUGAGUUCCACCUUCAAAACCCCCAGCUAACCUUGUUGCAAUAUGUAGAUGAGCUCCUCAUAGCAGCUGAAACCCAGAAGGCCUGCCUUGAGGGAACUAAAGGACUCCUGGCCACCAUCGGAAAGUUGGGGUACCAGGCAUCAGCCAAAAAGGCCCAAAUCUGCAAGUCUGAGGUGAGCUACUUGGGUUACAUACUUAGAAAGGGACAGAGAUGGCUGUCUGGUGCCAGAAAAGAGACAGUUCUUAAAAUACCUGCACCUGACUCCCCUCGAAAAGUCAGAGAAUUCUUGGGGUCAGCUGGCUUCUGCCUCUUAUGGAUACCGGGGUGAGAACUGGCAAGACCCCUUUAUGAGGUAACUAAAGACAAUCAGACCUUCCAAUGGACUGAAAAACUACAGAAAUCAUUUGAUCAGAUAAAGACUGCCUUACUGUCGGUGCCCACUCUGGGCCUGCCCGAUAUAACCAAACCCUUCCACCUGUAUGUUGAUGAGAACAAAGGCAUCGCUAAAGGGGUAUUAGUCCAAUACCUAGGGCCAUGGCACCGCCCAGUGGCGUACCUAUCAAAAAAUCUCGAUCCAGUUGCAUCCAGAUGGCCCCCAUGUUUGAGGAUGAUCACGGCAGUGGCCCUGAUGGUCAAAGAUGCUGACAAGUUGACACUGGGCCAAGGACUGUACGUGACCACCCCCCCUCACGCUAUUGAGGGAGUCCUGAAACAGCCUCCAGAUUGAUGGCUCAGUAACGCCCACCUGACUCACUACCAGAGCUUACUCCUAAACCCAGCCUAAGUUGUUUUUCAGACCCCAGCUGCCUUGAAUCCAGCUACACUGUUGCCAGAUCUGGACUUAGAAACUCCACUCCAUGACUGUGUUGACAUCCUGGCUCAGGUACAUGGGACUCGAGCUGAUCUGAGAGACCAGCCAUGGCCAGAUGCUGAAAAUACCUGGUAUACUGAUGGGAGCAGCUUUGUUCAGGAUGGCUGCAGGUACGCCAGGGCAGCUGUGGUGACAGAGACUGAGGUCAUUUGGGCAGAACCAUUGCCCACCGGGACCUCAGCACAAUGGGUGGAGCUCAUAGCUCUGACCAAAGCAUUGACUCUGGGGCAGGGCCAAAAGCUAAACAUAUAUACAGACAGCCGGUAAGCCUUUGCCACCAUGCACAUCCAUGGGGCCAUCUACAGGGAGAGAGGACUAUUGACGGCUGAGGGAAGGACUAAAAAAGAAGAGAUCCUUGCCCUUUUGACGGCCCUCUGGCUACCAAAGAAAUUGGCCAUUAUUCAUUGCCCAGGGCACCAAAAAGGUGACACUCCAGUUGCUAAAGGAAAUAACCUAGCUGAUCAGACAGCCCGAAAGGUAGCCCUAGAGGCUGAUUUAACCCUAACCAAUCAGCUUCCCAAUCCAGGAAUCAUCCUGCCUGAAACACUGGGAGAACAAGUUCUCUCCAAAAUGCACCGGGCCACCCACAUGGGCACUCAAAAAAUGCAAGACCUCCUGAGACAUGCUGAAAUAAAGAUUCGAGAUGCUAACUCCAAAAUUGAGCGUAUCGUUGCCACCUGCAAAGCCUGUCAAUUGACAAAUGCUACCCACAAUAAAGCCAACCCAGGCAAUAGGCUGAGAGGAAACUGACCUGGAGCAUACUGGGAAUUGGACUUUACUGAGGUAAAACCUGGGAGAUAUGGUUACAAGUAUCUGCUAGUUUUUGUAGAUACUUUUUCAGGAUGGACAGAGGCCUUCCCCACCAAACAUGAGACGGCACAAGUUGUGGCUAAGAGGUUACUAGAAGACAUCUUGCCAAGGUAUGGAUUCCCAGUAAUGUUAGGGUCAGACAAUGGACCCGCCUUCAUCUCCAAGGUGAGUCAAGGUUUAGCACAGGUACUGGGGGCAGACUGGAAAUUACAUUGUGCAUACAGGCCCCAGAGUUCAGGACAGGUAGAGAGAAUGAACAGGACCCUAAAAGAGACCUUAACUAAAUUAACCUUAGAGACUGGCGGUGACUGGGUGACUCUCCUACCUUUUGCCCUCUAUAGGGUACACAAUUCUCCCUAUAAGAUAGGACUGACUCCCUUUUAAAUCAUGUUCGGGGUACCUUCUCCCAUUAUCCCUAAUCUUCAGUCCAAAGUGCUCACUGAGUUUGAUGAUUAAAAACUGUUAUUUUCCUUAAAAAGCCUCCAACAUGUUCACGAGGACAUGUGGCCUAAAUUAAAGGCCCUGUACGAGUCUGGACCACCUCCCGAGCCCCAUCACUAUCAACCAGGAGACUGGGUCUUUGUCCGGCGACAUCGGCAGAAGGACCUUGAGCCUCAUUGGAAAGGACCCUAUGUUACUGUCCUGACCAUGCCCACUGCUCUCAAGGUCAACGGGAUUGCCUCGUGGGUACACUACACUCACGUCCACCCCGCAGAUCCACACGCCGUUCUAGAAGACUUUAUCCCAUCAUGGCAGGUGUCCAAAGACCUAUACAACCCACUCAAACUCAAGCUGCGUUAUCGUCGGUCAUAAUUAUGGUAACUGUACUCUUAACACCAGUGUUGGGAAGGCAAAACCCACAUGCUCCCCUAAAUCUAACUUGAGUGAUCAUUAGUACAUCCACGGGUGACAUUGUUAACAGUUCAUCUAAAGUGACACCACCGGUGACCUGGUGGCCUGCUAUAGACUUUGACCUGUGCCUGCUAGCAGCAGGAAUAUGGGAUAUCAGAGAUUGUGAAGCAAAAUCAAAGGGAAAACCUGAAUGUGGAAAAAAUAUCAAUGAUUGUGAUAUAAAAAUGCUGACCUCCUCUGCCCUUGGGUGUAGUCACCCAGUCCAAAGAGCCGUUUUACAAGUCACCCCGUUCUACAUCUGUCCAGAGGGAGGAUGAGAACGAGCUCAAGCCAAUAGAUGCGGAGGUCCUGAUAAGUUCUAUUGUGCAGAAUGGGGAUGUGAGUCCACGGGCACUGUCUCAUGGACUCCGCCUGUCAAAGAUGAUUUAAUCUUGUUAAAAAGAGUCCCCGGACCCACCGGCCUUCAAACGCACCACAGUAAUGGUAAAUUCAAGGUCGUUAGCAGUACAUGCUCAAAGUUCCUCUGUAACCCGGUUAGACUUUCUUUCACCAACCAAGGUAAAAAGUACACUAGAUGGGAAACGGGCCAGACAUGGGGACUCUGCCUAUAUCAGGAUGGUCAUGACAAUGGGUUACUAUUCACUGUAAGACUAAAUGGAACCACAUGUCAUGGGGUCUCCUCAGCCAAUCUGGCCAAAUUUAGCGCUAGUCCCUCUGGCUCCUCCUAGAUCCACCAAGCCCCUCCCCAGAAAACCUCACCCACAUCUCAACUCCCCGCUCAGACUGUCACCCGGGCCAAAAAAAGUCAACCACAACCAAGACCAGGACCCCCUCUGGGGACUGAUGGUCCACACCUUCAAGGCCCUUAAAUGCCUCUAGACCAGAUCUUACUCAGUCCUGUUGGUUAUGUUAUGAUAUCAAACCUCCUUACUAUGAAGGAAUAGCUUACCUAGACAACUUCACUGAGUCAGAUAGACCAACCCAGUGUAGAUGGCAACAAAAGGGGACAGCCAGGCUAACCCUACAAUCAGUGACUGGACAGGGAACUUGUGUUGGCAGUGUCCCGACCACUCACCAACACCUUUGCAACCAAACCUAUCAGUCUAGGUCAGAAAAAUAUCUUGUACCCCCUUCUGAUGGAUGGUGGGCUUGCUCCACCGGGCUCAUCCCUUGUGCACAUGGAAAGGUGCUCAACCAGACUGGGGACUUCUGUGUACUAGUACAAUUUGUUCCUAGACUGUUAUAUCACUCAGAAAAAGUUCUUUUCAGUCACUUGACUGAGACCCAAGCCAGAAUUAAACGAGAACCUGUAACAGCCAUCACUUUGACAGUCCUCCUAGGUUUGGGAUUAGCCGGGACAGGAACAGGAGUUUCAUCGUUAGUGUUACAAAACAAAUAUUACAAUGAUUUGAGAGCGGCCAUAGAGGUAGAUAUGGAGAGACUAGAAAGUUCCAUCUCCCACCUACAAGAGUCUCUAACCUCCCUGGCAGAAGUGGUCCUCCAAAACCGAAGGGGGCUAGAUUUAAUCUUUCUACAACAGGGAGGGCUCUGUGCUGCCAUAGGUGAGGAAUGUUGUUUUUAUGUAGACCACUCAGGAGUGGUCAAAGAAUCUAUGGCCAAAGUUAGGGUAUCGCUAGACAAAAGCGAGAGCGAGAACAAACUCAAAGUUGGUUUGAAUCCUGGUUUAAUUCCUCCCCAUGGCUGACUACUCUGAUCUCUACUCUACUGGGCCCCUUGCUUAUUCUGUUACUGCUGUUAACCCUUGGACCUUGUAUACUCAAUAGAUUAGUCUCGUUCAUCAGAGAACGCAUUAACACUGUACAGCUGAUGGUACUCAGGUCCCAAUACCAGCCAGUUUCUACAGACCUAAUAGAAUUAACCCCCAGAGGCCCAUGAUUGGUCCUCUAUAGCAUCAUGAGAAGGGGGGAAUGUGAGACCAAAGUGACUCCAUUUUGCUAAAAUCCACUAUUCUCCUAGUCUCUAUUGUCCUCACAAAUUAAUGGUUAAAAUGUGCUUGCU